CCUCUCCACUGAGCCCCUUCGCCGUCACCAGGCUGCCCUUCGGUCACAAUGCAUCGUCAGUCGGUUUUGCGGCUGGCUCGCCAGAGCGGCCUCCCGCUGGUCGAAUUGCCCCCCCCCUACCUCGCCCCGUCGCUCCAUUUCUCCCUGAACCGAUCGUCCGUCCAGUGCUCGAACUUUUCUUCCACCGCUGCUGUCGCCGUUCGUGGCCGUGGUGAUCUCAACAAAACCCGCGGCGUAUCCGCCAUUCAUGCCACCGGCCCUAAGUACCGCCUGGGUGUGUCGAAGUACCCAUUGCCCAAGCCCGCCUCCCCGGAGUCCAUCGCGAAGCGCAAUCCCACCCCGGACCAUGGACUAUGGGGAUUCUUUCCCAAGGACCGCGGGGCCUUGAGUACGCCGACAUAUGAUGUUGAGUUCGGCCGUGCGUGGUCCAUCCAGGAACUCCGUGAAAAGUCGUGGGAUGACCUCCAUUCUCUGUGGUGGGUCUGCGUCAAGGAGCGCAAUCGCAUAGCCACUACCAACCUGGAAAGACAACGACUGAAGGCUGGUUAUGGAGAAUGGGAGUCUACCGAGCGGGAGCGGGUGAUCCGCGUUACGCAAAACGGCAUCAAGCACGUGCUCCGAGAGAGAUGGUACGCCUGGGAGGAUGCACAGCGUCUCUACAAGAAGGGCUACCGGCCCCAGGACGAGGAUAGCCAGGAUGCCUGAAAGACAUGAGUUCGAUGAGAGAUGUCAUAAGGAGACUGGGUCUGGAGCUCCGUUAGAAACUAUUGGUCUGUACUUUUGUAUGUAGUAUGUAGUAUAUGUUCUCUUAUUAUAAACUCUUUCCC